CAUGGCAAAAAAAAAGUAUAGAUCAGAUAUUAAUAUAGAAACUGUCAGCUUUUAUGAUUAUUUGUUUAACAUUAAAGGUCGUAAGAAUGAUAUAGUAAUCAUUAUGUGAAUCAACUUACUAUAUUUUUUUCGGAAUUUAAAGUUUUAAAUGUUUUGAUUCCUCGGGUUUUAUUCCUUACGAGCCGUCGAAUGGAAUGAAGUAGAAAUUUGUUUUAAAGCACAAGUCGCAUUAUAUUGACAUGAAUUUGUUACAAUUUCGGCUGUUUCUUUCUCUGUAUUUUUUUGGAUGUAUGUUUGUGAUCGUCAUCUGCAGACCAGCAACCAGUAACAAUGGCCUUGAAGCAGGUAAAUUUGAUCUGCUUGGAUUAUGGGGCGAUGUCUCAAAAUUACAACAGAGACUCAACAGUAAAACCAUCCUGACUGAAACCGAUGAUAAAAAUAUAGUUCAUGCUGAAUGCGAUUUGAGGCCUUAUCCAUCAAAUUCAAGGGAACUUCACAGCGUAUUUGGAAGAGUAAAACUACGACAAAAUGUUAAUAACGGUGAACCAGGGCCACUUCGAAUGUCUGUUGAAAUUGACGGUGUUCCGUCAAGACGGCAAACAUGGGGAAUGUUUUACAAGUUAGAGGUGCACAGAUACGGCGAUGUAAAUGACGGCUGUAAAAAUGUUGGACCUGUUUAUUGGAACAAAAGAUACAGUGGUCAUUUAGGAGACUUCGUCGGGGACAUGUUUGGGAGGGUUAACAUUGAAUCAAAAGACGCACCUGCUACACUGGUUGGAGAUUAUUCCAUAUUUGGACGUGCCAUAGUUAUAACACCAGUUUAUGCAGCUUCAAGUCGCAGGCUCCGGAAAGUAUUUGACAUGGAACCAGUUGGUUGUUGUGUAGUUGUAAGAGACAGAAUUCAAAAGGCUGUAGCACCUGCACCAGCACCACGAAUUUUGCAGUCGGUAGCACUGCCCAUGAAUGUCACUGACAAACCGUUUGUUCCAAGUGGAAGCUUGAAAAGUCUUCUUCCUUACGGAGGAAAUGAAGCUCCAAAUUCUACUAAACCGUUUGUAGACCAAACAGAAAAUAGAUCAAUGAUGCCGAACAGGCCUAUUAUUUCAAGGCUGUCUGACGGAAUCUCUACUUUCGGUUCACAAGGUACUCAGCCAAAGGGAAGCGAAUUCGGAACUAGUACAUCAACUCGCAUUCCAGAUUUGUCAUUUAAUCCUCAGUAUCCAAAUUUACUCCAUACUGAAAUAACUUUUCCUUUUGUUAAUAACUUCUUUUUUGCCACUCCUGAAGACAUAUUCCCACUGGAUAGCCAGCGUCACUUUUUACCACCAAGUGAACUGAAUGAAUUCCUGCCUGAAUUUAUUAAAGACUUUAUUGGAGACACGAAAGAUUUUGUAAGUGAAACUGCAGAUUUAAUAGAGAAUUCUGUAGGUGAAAUUAAAGACACAGUAACAGAUGAUUUUAAUGAUAUUCCAGAAAAAAUAGGAGAAAGUAUUGAGGACACAUUUGAGGACAUUAUAGAUGAUGUAGACGAUGAUAAAGAUGCUGCUAGAGACGGGAUUAAUGGAAUUGAUAUAACAAGUAAAGUUUUUAGCUUAAAUAAGGACGAACAAGAUCUUAAUGAAUUAGAAGACCUUAUGGAAGAUGUGGCUGAUGACGUAUCUGAUCGAACGAUUGGGGAUAUUUUGACUGAAGCAGAUGCCGAUUUGGAUGUCUCUGAUGAAAUAAGUGGUGAAUCCGUCGAUGACAUGAAUGAUAUUGUUGAAGAUAUUUUGGAUAAUGAUAAAGAUAAAAUCUCUGAAAAAAAUGACGAAUUGCCCAGUAACAUUGAUGACGGAAAAUAUGAAAUGUUUGAUGAUUUUAUGGAUAAUGAUGAUUUAUCUGAUGAUAUUUUUGACGAUUUAAUUGAUUUCAUGCCAGAUAUAAGUGAAAAUUUGAGAAAUGAUUUUGAAGGAUUCAAAGAUGAUAAGGGUGAUGAUGAUGAUAACGAAAAUGAUGAUAAAGAUAAUCGGUACAAUAUAGAUGAUGAUGAUGACGGCGACGAUGGCGAUGGUAGUGAUAAUAAAAAAGAUGGCGACGACGAUGUUGAUGAUGAUGAUGCUGAUGAUACUGACGAUGAUGACAAUGAUGAUCAUGAUGAUAAUGUUGAUAAUAAUGAUGAUGAUGAUCAUGAUGAUGAACACGGCAACGACGACGACGACGAAAAUGAUGACGACGAUGACGAUGAUGAUGACGAUGAUGGUGAUGAUGAUGAUGAUGAUAAUGUUGAUGAUGAUGAUGAUGAUGAUAAUGUUGAUAAUAAUGAUGAUGACGGCAACGACGAUGACAACAAGAAUGACGACGACAAAGAUGACGAUGACGAUGACGAUGACAACGACGACGGCGAUGAUGAUGAUGAAAAUAAUAAUGAUAAUGAUGACGAUGGCGACGAUGAAAAUAAUAAUGAUAAUGAUGAUGACGGCCACGCUGGCGAUGGUAGUGAUAAUAAAAAAGAUGGCGACGACGAUGUUGAUGAUGAUGAUGAUGAUGAUGAUGAUAAUGACGAUGAUGACAAUGAUGAUCAUGAUGAUAAUGUUGAUAAUAAUGAUGAUGAUGAACACGGCGACGACGACAAUGGCGACGACGAUGACGAUGAUGAUGAUGAUGAUAAUGUUGAUGAUAAUGAUGACGAUGGCGACGAUGAAAAUAAUAAUGAUAAUGAUGACGAUGGCGACGAUGAUGAUGGUGCUGUUGAUUCUGUCCCUGGAAAUGGUGACAUUUCUACCCAGAAAAAUGAUAUUUUAGAAGGUAUUAUUGAUAAUGUUGAAGAUAUUCAUGAAACAUUAGAGGAUAUAGACGAACCAGUUUUUGAAAUACUUGAUGAUAUAAAUGACAAUGAUCUUACAAAAGACACUUCAAUAGAUGACCUAACUGAUCCUAUAGAAGAUAUUUUAGAUGAAAAUGUAUUAAGUGAUGACGAUAAAUUAGAAAAUUUCGGUGAAACGCUUGAAGACGUCUCAGAUUCAACUGAAAAUCUGUUCGAAAAGGUUGCAGGUGAUUUUGGUUUAACAAGUGACGUUUCUGAUGAGCUUUUUGAUGAUGUUACUGAUGACAACAAUUUAAAGGAUACCGUUGAGAUAACUGUUGAACCAGUAAUUGAAAAAGCGAAGGAAAAUAUGGAAGCUGUAUUUGAUGAAGGAAAUGAUGAUUUAGAAGAUUUUAGGGAUAAAACAAAUGAUUUGUUAGAAGGGUCCAUUGGAAAAAUAAUAGAUAAUUCUGAAAGUGCAAUUGAAGAUAUAUCGGAUUCGGCCGAAGAAUUUACAGAUGAUGCAAAGGAUAUUGUCGAAGAUAUUAGCGUAAUCACAAGCGAAGUUGCAGAGGAAGGGAAAGAUGCAAUUGGAGACACUAUUGAAGAUACUUUUGACGAAUUAACCGAUAACGCAGAUGACGCUCUCGAUGGUAUUAGUGGCAUCUCAAGUGAUAUUGUUGACGAAACAAAAGAUAUUGUCGAAGAUGUUGUAGACGAAGUAGAUGAGGUAUUCGAUAAAACAGGAGAUAUUAUAGAUGACACAUUCAACACAGAUAACUUCAUGGAUGCAACAGAGGACGUGACUGAUGACCUUAUUGAUGUUUCUGAUGAUUCUGUAAAUAAUGUUGUAGACGCUACAAGUGAUGUCGUUGAAAAUGUUAUGGACAAAGCCGAAGAAGUUUUUGAUGACACCAGUGAUUUCACAGAUGAAGUUAUGGAUAAAACAGAGAAUAUUAUAGACAACGCAGAUGACGUUCUAGGUGAUGUUAGUGACAUUUCAAGUGAUAUUGUAGAUGAAACAAAAGAUGUUGUCGAAAACGUUGUAGACGGAGUAGAAGAAGUAUUUGAUAAAACAGAAGAUAUUACAGAUGACACAUUCAGCGCAAAUAACUUGAUGGAUACAACAGAAGACGUGACAGAUAAACUUAUUGAUGUUGUCGACGACUCAACAGGUAAUGUUGUAGACUCUACAAGUGAUGUCGUUGAGAAUGUUAUGGACAAAGCUGAAGAAGUUUUUGAAAGCACAAGUGAUUUCACAGAUAACGUUAUAGAUAAAACAGAGGAUGCUGUAGACAGUGUGGUUGACUCUACAAAUGAUAUACUUGACACUUCUGUUGAUACAGUAAAUGAUGUAACGGAUACCUUGGUUGAAAACGCGGUGGGCGGCUUAGGGGAGAUUGUGGAUGCCCCUGUAGAAAUCGCCAAAACAGCUUUGGAAAACACAGUAGAUAUUGCCAAAAACACUGUCGAAACUCCUGUUGAUAUGGCCAACGAAAUUGUUGAAAAUACCGCUGAUGUCGUCAUUGAUCAACCUGUUGAAAUUGCAAACGAGAUUGUUGAAAAUACUGCGGAUACCAUAAAUUCGAUUGUGGAGGCACCUGUCGAUAUUGCUAAUGAAGUUGUAGGAAAUACUGUAGAUGUUGUAAGUAAUGUUGUUGAGACGCCUAUUGACACAGCUAAUGAAAUGGUCGAAGGUGCUGUGGAUACAGCUAGUAGUAUUGUUGAAAACCCAGUUGAUUCGGCAGCUGAAGUAAUAGACAGUGUAGCAAGUGUUAAAUGAAAUUAGUUUUAAGUUUGAAAUCCUUCUUUGAAAUGAAAUAAAGACUACUUUAAGCCACGACGAUAUACAUGAACUACCUCCGGCAACUAGUUUUACAAGUUAUAUGGAACGUUAGUCUCGGAUUUUAUAAACAUGUUUUGCUAGGAAUAAAUGACAAGUUAUUUCACUACUUUACAAUCAGCUUUUCAAAUCAGGAAGCUACGUAACGUGACUUUAUAAAAUGUGUGAAAUAUGAAAUUUAGACUUCUAUUUAAGCAUGUAAAGGAUAGACAUUUGAAUAAAUUUACUAAGAAAGUGUUUGAUAUGAAAAGCAAUGUCGGACCUUAUUUUAACAUCAUUACCAUGUUCGUUACAAAAGUGUAAUCAGAAUGUUCAUAGUAUCUAUUAAAAAGCAAAUGCUGGAAAAAUGA